UCUUCGGGUUCAUCGCUGGAGCAAGACGCGAUCACACGCUACUCGCUGAGAAAUCGCGUUUCUAAAUUUAAUAGUGAUUUUAGGAUCUCUAGUUUGAAUGAAAAAGCAACUUUUUCCUUGCAAAUUUUAAACUUGCAUCCCGUGGAAGUGAGGAGCAGUUUAUUUUACGGAAUUAACCGCGUUCGGGGCUCUUAGUACCUAGUAGAAAGUGUAACCGAGUUAAGUGUUAAGGCAGAAAAAAGUAAAAUGGCCGAUCAGGAUCAAGAGAUGAACGGAAACGGUCAAGACCAGCAGGACCACAACGGAGACCAGAAGGAGAACGGAGCCGAGGGCUCGUCGGUUCGUGAUGACGACAGAAAAUUAUUCGUUGGUGGACUUAGUUGGGAAACAUCAGACAAGGAACUGAAGGAACACUUUGGCCAGUAUGGCGAAAUCGAGAGCAUAAACGUCAAGACAGAUCCCAACACGGGUCGCUCGCGAGGAUUCGCCUUCAUCGUGUACAAGAAUGCCGACUCGAUCGAUAAGGUCGUCGCCACCGGCGAUCACGUCAUCAACAACAAGAAGGUCGACCCAAAGAAGGCCAAGGCCCGUCACGGCAAAAUUUUCGUCGGUGGACUGACCACGGAGAUCAGUGAUGAAGAGAUCAAGACCUUCUUCAGACAGUUUGGCAAUAUCGUCGAAGUCGAGAUGCCACUCGACAAGCAGAAGAAUCAGCGCAAGGGCUUCUGCUUCAUCACCUUCGACUCGGAGCAGGUGGUGAACGAACUGCUCAAAACGCCAAAGCAAACCAUCUCCGGUAAGGAGGUGGACGUUAAGAAAGCUACUUCCAAACCCGACAACAUGGGAAUGGGUGGUCCGAUGGGUGGACGUGGUGGCAUGCGUGGACCGGCCCGAGGUGGCUUCCGAGGUGGACGCGGGGGACCUGGAGGACCCAAAAGUAAGUGUAACAUCUCUACUCUUUGCUACCGGACGUAAAAGACGCACUUUUCA